UGAUCAUGGAAAAUGACGCCACAAAGUAGUUCCGACGCCUGAAAGGGAUCACCUUGAGCCUGUUGGCGUGUCUGCGUCAGUCCCCGGUAGCUUUCAUCGGUGCGAGGACAAACCCAGCCGUGACCACUUCCACCAUGCCAUCAACAAAGGCGCAGGCCCAGGAGAUGGGCACAGCAUUCAUCCAGACCCAGCAGCUCAACGCUUCAAUGGCCGACACCUUCCUGGAGCACCUCUGUCUGCUGGACAUUGACUCGGAGCCAACCACUGCCCGCAACACUGGCAUCAUCUGCACCAUCGGACCAGCCUCCCGCUCUGUUGAGACCUUGAAGGAAAUGAUUAAGUCUGGAAUGAAUGUUGCACGACUUAACUUCUCGCAUGGCACUCAUGAGUACCAUGAAGGAACCAUCAAGAAUGUGCGUGAAGCCACAGAGAGCUUUGCCGCUAACCCCAUCCUCUACAGACCCAUCGCUGUGGCUCUGGACACAAAGGGACCUGAGAUCAGAACUGGCCUAAUCAAGGGAAGUGGCACUGCUGAGGUGGAGCUAAAGAAGGGAGCAGAACUGAAAGUGACACUUGAUGAUGCCUUCAAGGAGAAUUGUGAUGAAAACACUCUUUGGGUUGACUACAAGAACCUCACCAAGGUGGUAGAAGUGGGCAGCAAGAUCUAUGUGGAUGACGGGCUCAUCUCCCUCCUUGUGAAAGAGAAGGGCUCUAACUUCUGUGUGUGCGAGGUUGAAAAUGGAGGUUCUCUGGGCAGCAAGAAGGGUGUUAAUCUCCCUGGGGCUGCAGUGGACCUGCCCGCUGUCUCUGAGAAGGAUGUCCAGGACCUGCAGUUUGGUGUGGAACAAGAUGUGGACAUGGUCUUUGCCUCAUUUAUCCGCAAGGCUGCUGAUGUUCAUGCCGUGAGAAAGGUGCUGGGGGAGAAGGGCAAGAACAUCAAGAUCAUCAGCAAGAUUGAGAACCAUGAAGGUGUGCGCAGGUUUGAUGAGAUUCUGGAAGCCAGCGAUGGUAUCAUGGUUGCUCGUGGAGAUCUUGGUAUUGAGAUUCCUGCUGAAAAAGUCUUUCUUGCACAGAAGAUGAUGAUUGGUCGCUGCAAUAAAGCUGGGAAGCCAGUUAUCUGUGCCACUCAGAUGCUGGAGAGCAUGAUUAAGAAGCCAAGGCCCACCCGUGCUGAGGGCAGCGAUGUGGCCAACGCUGUGCUGGAUGGAGCCGACUGCAUCAUGCUGAGUGGGGAGACAGCCAAGGGAGACUACCCCCUGGAGGCUGUCCGCAUGCAGCACAUGAUUGCUCGGGAAGCAGAGGCAGCUGUGUUCCACAGGCAGCAAUUUGAAGAGCUGCGUCGUCUGUCUCCCCUGACUCGCGAUCCCACUGAAGCAGCUGCCAUCGGUGCUGUUGAGUCUUCCUUCAAGUGCUGCGCCAGCGCUCUGAUUGUUCUUACCAAGUCUGGCAGAUCGGCCCACCUGAUCUCCCGAUACCGCCCCCGCGCCCCGAUCAUUGCAGUGACUCGUAGCGGGCAGACAGCACGCCAGGCCCACCUGUACCGCGGCAUCUUCCCCGUGCUCUACACUCAGCCUGCAAAUGAUGUGUGGGCAGAGGAUGUCGAUCUGCGUGUUAACUUUGCCAUGGAGAUCGGGAAGACCCGUGGGUUCUUCAAGACGGGUGAUGUGGUCAUUGUGCUGACUGGCUGGCGCCCGGGCUCUGGUUACACUAACACCAUGCGUGUGGUCCCUGUACCCUAAACCGAGGGACUCCCCUUCACUGUCCUUCCCCUCCCUUAUCCUAUGGCAGCUUGCGAGGUCCCUCUCCUUUCAUUUUCUGCUGUCUCCCCCCUCAAACACUCCUUACAGUAAAGAACAAGACAAGAACACCUGGCCCUUCUGAGGCCCACUUAGUAUGUUUAUUUUAACCAAAACUGCUCCAGUCUGUGAAUUUUUUUUCUUCUCCCACACUCCAGCCUUUCUAGUUACCAGAGCACUUACCAUCUAUCUCUAGUAUUUAUUAAAGGAAUCCUUGCACAGAACUCAUCAGUGGAAUUUAAUCUGGAUGUCUUUGUCAGCCUGCUCUGUUUGGUAAGAUUAUAGAGAACAAAAUAACGAAGCAGAAGGCCUCUGAUUAAAAUAAGAACGUUCUUGUGGCAUGCUGGGUGACUUAAAUGUGUACAGCUAGGCAUGCCACCUAAUGAACAAAUCUUUUUUUUCCAUUGCUCUUUUUAUUGAUAUCAACCAUCUUUUUAAUGAGGCUUACCUCUUUCCUGAUGGAUUACAUUAACGUUCCCUUUUGUUCUAGUUUUAAAAUUGAGUUGCCUGGACCUCCCUGCUACUCUAGGUUCCUGUUUUGUGUGUCUGUUGUCUUCUGUCCUGUAUUUAAAUGCUGCACUCCACUUUAGGUUUUGUGUAAUGUUUGAAAUCAUUGAGUCCUGAACAGAUGGUGGGCCAAUAAUCCAUAUUUUUUACAUGGAUGAUCAGUUGCAGUUCUGCAAUAUUGAAAGUGGUAGAAACCAAGGUUCAGACUUCUGUAGUGGCACAGCGUAGUACUUAAGCGCACUCGUUAGGGUUUGGUUGGUGGGUGAAUGGCCAGUUUAUUCGAUAAGGGGACAGUGUUGACCAGCUGCACAGUGGGCCUUGAAGGUGUAAGGGACGACAAGCCUCUGGUAAUGUCUGAGAUAGUGCUGGGGAAGCAGAGGAUAAUAUUCCAUCAGAACUUUUUCACUGAUGCUAAAUAGAUCUGAUUGAAAUGAGGUAGCUCUGAAUAAAGAACAGCCUGCUUGAAGCAAACCACUCCAAGUGCAUCACAGAGUUCAGCUCUUAUGGGUAACCAGUUCUGUGCCCGAGUCUCACUGGCUCAAGACAAGCUUCAGCAUGUUAAGGCCUUUGUAGAGGGGGUGUUUACUCCCCACGCCCACCAUCUGCUCCCCUGUCACACAUUGCAGGUGGAGCCCAUGCCCAUACUCUGCUAGAACCUAUGCUGGUGUCCUGUUUGUGUGUUCUUGUUGUCCCCACUUGCUUUCUGGUUGAGUUAAAAUUAUAAGGAGAAAAGGCAGAAAAUGUGGUGUAUCAAGUUGUCCUGUAUGACUGGAUUUCCAUCAAUAAAAUGAUGAGCACCCGA